AUGGAAUUAAAAGAAUCAUGGGAAGAUUUGAUUUCACGUGCCAAAAUAGACAACAAAAUCGUCUGUCGUACUUGUAAAAUUUAUAAUCGACAAGUACAGAUUGUUCCAGGUGAUGAGAAUAAGAAAUGUCUUUGUGGUCGCUUAGUCCGAUGUCACAGUUUAGCUGGUAGCGUCGAACCGCUAUAUACAAGCAGCGAUAGACCUGCGACAACAAAUUCUCAACAGGAAUUUAAGCGCGUGCAUUCUACCACUGUUCCUAUGACUAUAUACGGAACAUUAAAAUCCACUGGGUCUAUUGGUUGUAAAUAUAUUCGAAUUGAUAAUCAAUCAAGUAUGGAGCUUAUCUAUGAGAUGCUUGUUAAAGAUUGUGGAGGUACAAAACCAGCUCUCAUUUUAAGUACUUAUGGUGGUGCUAAGUAUUUCACUAUGACUGAAAAACUGGAAAAAGAAAUUAUACGUGGUAUAAUUGAUGCUGCAGCAACGUCUAAUGCUUGGAUUUUAACUACUGGUAUUAAUAACGGUGCAUCAAAAUUAAUUGGCGAAGGAAUAUCUCAUUAUCGUUUAUUGAAAGCUAAUCCAAAUAAAAUUGUUUGUAUUGGACUAACAAAAUGGGGAACGAUCAAUGAAAGUACACGUUUCGAAUUGAAACAUACAACUAAAGACUAUCCACCGAAGCUAUGUCAUCGACAAAUUUCUGAUACUGGUGACGAUACUGACGAAACUAUCGAAAGAAAUCAUACACAUUGCAUUCUGUUUGACGAUGGUAAACUAAGUGGUUAUCUAAGUGAUGAACAACGAAGUGCUUUAGUUGGACAUGCAAUGAAUGAUAAAAAUGAGGAACAUAAAUGCUAUGGUGUAACAAUUAUUGUUGAAGGUGGUAAGAAUACUAUUGAAGUUCUUCAACAUGAUAUAGACGAAAAUCGACCGAUUGUAUUUAUUGAAGACAGUGGUCGUUUAGCAGAUGUAUUUGCUUCGUUAAUCAAUCAAACAGCUGAUGCAAAGAAUGACGAACAAUUUGUUCCACCAGAUGAAGUUGUGAGAAAAGCUCUGGCUGAAUUCUUUCCUAGUCUCGAGAAAGUUGAAAUCAGUAAUACAACGAAAGGAAUACAAGGGAUAUUAAGAAAAGAGAAUCGUCAUUUACUGAAUGUUUUUCGUAUGGACCGUGAUAAAAGUGUAGCAGAAACAAUAUUUAAAGCUAUUUUUACUAUGAAAAAUAAACAAAAUGAAAUCAAUAAUAGUAGUGAACAAAAUCAAGAUCAACAACAUGUAAAGGAUGAAGAUAGACUAUUAGAUCUGGCAUCUCAAUGGAACUAUUUUGAUGGUGCUUUAUCAAUAUUAAAAAAACGACAACAUACUACUGGUAAUAAUGAAAAAUUUAAGCAGUUAUUUCAAGAUUCAUUAAUAAAAAAUCAUCCAAAUUUUGUUGAAUAUUUUCUUGCCGCUGGUUUUGAUCCAUUUAAACUCCUUGGUAUUAAACAUGUCGAACAAGAACGCCAUGCAAUACUAUUAAAAUUAUAUGAAGAUACUUUCGAGGAAAUUAAUAAGAGUAAUCGUAGUUAUGUAAAAGAAUUAUUUAGUCAAUCAGGUGUGAUAACAGUAAAAUCACUUGAUGAAAAGUUAAAUAAAUUUAUUGGUUCAUUUUUUGGAGCAAUUUAUUCAGAAGAACAUAAUACAUAUACAAAACGUAUUUAUAUUGAUCUGACAAAUCAUGUAUGUAGUUGCUGCAGUAGUGAAACCAAGUAUCGUGUUUCAAAGAACAAUCAAGUUUAUCCAUACGGUAAUAAUGAUACUCAAUCUAAGGAGCAACAAAAUGAUACAGAAAAUUUACUUGAAAAAAAUAAAUUAUUACGUGAUUUAUUUUUAUGGGCUGUAUUUAUGGAUAUGCCUGAAAUGGCGAAAAUACUUCUCAUUCAUCAACAAUCUCGUAUAUGUGCUGCUCUAAUAGCUUCAGCUAUAUUUAAACAAUAUUCGAAAUUGUCGUUAACUGUUAAUCUUAAAGAAAAAUUUCAAAAUCAAGCAGUCGAUUUUGGAAAAUAUGCAGCUGACUUUAUCAAUGACUGUUACAAAUAUAAUGAACGAUCAGCAUGUGAAUUACUUCUACGACAAGUACCACUCUUUGGUAAUAUCACAUGCAUGCAGAUUGCUAUUUCAACCCAAAGUAUUCAACUAGUUGGAACAGCUUGUUUUGAUCAAACACUAAAUCAAGUAUGGUACAAUAAACUAUCUAUGACAAAUAAUCAAACAUUAAUAAGACUAUCACAGUUUCUAUCUAUAAUAACUUUUGGACUUUUAGCACCAUGGAUAAUUCCGUAUCGGGAAAAGGAAACUAAUAUGCAAGAUACAUCAUUAUCAACAAAAGGCAUCAAUUAUUAUACCGAUGAAAAAAAAACUAAAAAAUAUUGGACCCGUUUUCAGUAUUUUCAUGGAAGUCCAUUCAUUAGAAUGUGUUAUCAUUUCAUAAGUUAUAUUUGGUUUUUACUUGUAUUUAGUUAUAUGAUGCUUUAUCAUCUUGAUAGUCCCAAUACAUUAAAAAUUCCACAUUGGACUGAAAUCUAUGUUAUUAUUACAGUAUCAACUAUGUUUUGCGAAGAGAUUCGAAAGCUUACUCAUGAAUAUAAAUAUCGAAUGGUUGAACAAUGGGGUUCAACCGGAUCAACUAUAUUAACAGUUUUGACAAAUAUGUUUUUUAUUGCGCCAUAUCUUUUAUUCUAUCUUGGUCUAAUAUUUCGAUAUACUGGUUACGACGAUAAAAUCUUUACUGCUGGAAGAAUUAUAUGGGCAUUUGAUCUUGAACUAUGGUAUCUUGGCUCAUUGAAAUUUGUUGUAGCUUUAAAAUCUGUAGGACCGAAAUUAUUUAUGCUUAAAAAUAUGCUUCGUGAUCUAGCUGCUUUUUUCUAUAUGAUUUUCAUUGCAAUAGCAGCAUAUGGUGUUGUAUCUCGUGCAUUAAUUCUUUACCAACAAAUUCCAUUUACUGCUAGUGAUAUAUUUCGAACCAUCUUUUAUGAACCAUACUGGUUUAUAUAUGGAGAUGUAUCUGAUAAAGAUUUACUUGAUCAGAUAAUCAAUGAUGAUAAACAAUCACUUGUUGCUGAAGCAACUGCUACACAUAUUCUAUUAGCAUUGCAUAUGUUAUUUAUCAAUAUUCUUAUAUUGAAUUUAUUAAUUGCUGUUUUUACUGAUACAAUUGAUAAAGUGAAAGAAAAUACAGAAUUUUAUUGGCGUUGUCAACGUUAUUCAUUUAUUCGUGAAUAUUUUGAACAACCACCAUGGGCUUAUCCACCCCUAAUUAUAUUUUCACAUAUUAUACUAUUUAUUCGUUAUAUUUAUUCAAACUCAUGCUGUAAAGGAACUAAAGUCAAUGAUCAUACAUCACAAUCAAUAACAUUACGUAAUUUUAAAAUGAUUGCAGCAACUGAUACAACAAGCGAACGUUGGGAUGCAUUUGAAAAUGCUGCGACUCACAACUGUGCUCGAUCAAAUGUAGAAAAAGCUACAAAGAAUGUUCAUCUGUUAUCUGAUGAUGACCAUUUGCAUAACACAACUAGCAUGAAUGAAUCUGAGAUGAUGAAAGCAAUUUUUGAUCAACAACAAAAGAUAAAUGAAGUAACCAAAUCAUUACAAUCGAUGAUGAAUACAAUCGCACAAGUAAAAAUAAAUAAUCAUAAGGAACCAUCAACCCAACCAACAUCAACAUCUGUUGGUGACAAUAAUGUCUCAACAUCAACUCAGCCAACAGAAAAUUCUUAUUAA